AUGCAGGCACAGGGCAAGGAAAUCACCGCCGAUGUCGCGCACCUCGAGGGCGCCAGCGACGUCGACGCGCCCAAGUCGGUCCCCCACGGGCAGGACAAGGCCGCGCUCUUCCUGCAGCAGGCCGGCCACCAGGUGCUGGUGACGCCGGCGGACGACCGGCGGGUGCUGCGGCGGAUUGACCUGCGGCUGCUGCCGAUCCUGCUGUUCGUGUACUGCCUGCAGUCGCUCGACAAGACGACGCUGUCGUACGCGUCCGUGUUUGGGCUGCUCGCGGACACGGGCCUGCAGGGGGACGAGUUCUCGUGGCUCGGGUCCGUCGUGUACGUCGCGCAGCUCGUGUUCCAGCCCGUCGUGGCGUACAGCCUCGUCCGGUUCCCGCUGGGCCGGUUCAUCUCCGUCAUGGUGUUUUGCUGGGGCGCCGUGCUGUGCGGCAUGACGGCCGCGCACAGCUUUGGCGGGUUGAUGGCGGCGCGCCUGCUGCUCGGUGCCUUUGAGGCGUCGGUUGCGCCGACGUUCAUCGCCGUCGUGCAGAUGUGGUAUCGCCGUCGCGAGCAGACGACACGCAACGCGGCGUGGUAUGCCAUGCUCGGUAUUGUCAAUAUGCUCGGCAGUCUGUUGGCUUAUGGACUCGGCCACAUUAAUUCGCACCUCCACUCGUACCAAAUCAUCUUUCUUUUCUGCGGGUGCAUCACAGUGGCCUUUUCCGUCGUCAUGAUCUUCUUUAUGCCUGAUUCUCCCAUGACGGCAAAGUUUCUCAAAUACGAGGACAAGCUGAUCGCUAUUGAACGGCUUCGGAUGAACCAGAUGGGCAUUGGCUCUGGUGUCUGGAAGUGGGACCAUGUACUGGAGGCUUUCAUGGAUUUGAAGACAUAUCUAUGGUUCUCCUUGAUGCUUGUCAUCUCGAUCCCAAGCGGUGGCAUUUCGACUUUUGGCCCCCUCAUCAUUGAGUCGUUUGGCUUCGACAAAUUCACCACGAUUCUUUUCAACAUUCCCUUUGGCGCGGUGCAAAUGAUUUCGACUCUUGGCGGCGCCUGGCUCUCCAAUCGCCUCGGCGUCAAGUCCGUUGUGCUGCUCCUCCUCUGCCUCCCACCCAUCGCCGGUUGCGUCAUUCUUCUCAUCGUCGGCCGCGCCGCGAGCAACCGCGCCGUCUUGCUCGUCGGCUACUACAUCAUCUCCGUGUAUCCCGGCAUCUCGCCGCUCAUCUACUCGUGGUCCGGGCAGAACACGGCCGGCGACACCAAACGCAAGGUGACCACGGCCAUGCUCUUCAUCGGUGCGAGCGUCGGAAACAUCAUCGGCCCCCUCUUGUUCAAGCCGAGCGAGAAGCCGCGCUAUAGCAGAGGCUUGCGCGUCAAUCUGGCGCUCUUCAUCGUCUUGGCGGUGCUCAUCGUCGCCGGCACGCUUCUCCUCCGCAUCCUCAACAUGCGCCAGGCGAAGCGGAGAGUGGCUCUGAACAAGUCUGCGCACAUCACGGACAAGAGUAUGAUGAGCCAUGACAAGAAUAACGACCCGGACGAGGUGCUCAACCAGACCGAGGAUAAUAUAGGCGAGCACGCCUUCGAGGAUGUUACCGACUUGAAGAAUGAGGAUUUCAUCUAUGUGUAUUAG